GUUUAUUUGAGAAAAGGGAUUUGAUCGGAUCACGAUGAUAAGAUUAAGUCUUCUGAUUCUCCUAUUCUCCCGCCCGGCCGACUCGAUGCUGCUGGGAGGGGUGGAGUCUCCAGGGUAUCCCACUGGAUAUUUGCCCCAUGCCAGUCAGAACUGGAGCAGGUGUGCCCAUAAGGGUCACACCCUCUCCAUCAAGCUCAUCCACCUGGACCUGGAGGAUAGCCAAGACUGUGAAAACGACGCACUAAAGGUCUUUUCAAAUGGAAACCGAAUCUCAGUUCUGUGUGGCAAAAGGGAAUUUGAGGAUCUCCAGUCCACUGUUAAUCCCUCGCUCGUCUCCUCCCCGGGCGGCUGCCUCUCCCUCACGUUCCACUCCGACUACUCAAACACCAAGAGGCACAGCGGCUUCAGAGGGUUUUACACCGAUCAAGACUUUGAUGAAUGUAAGGACGACCCCGACAACGGCUGCACACAGUUCUGUCACAACGACAUCGGAGGGUACCACUGCUCCUGUCGCCAUGGCGACUACCUGGAUGUGGACAAACACACUUGCACAGUGAGUUGUACUCAGGAUCUGUCAGAGCUGAACAAUGGAGACGUAUCCAGACCCUCCUGGCCUGCUCCCUAUGCAGAGAACGCUAACUGUCGCUACACCUUGUCUGCGGAGGCCACCCUGCAGCUGGAGUUGCACUUUUAUGAAGAUUUCAAUGUGGAGCAAAGCCCUGAUGGCCAGUGCAUAGAUGCACUCAGGAUUGAGACUCCCUCUGGGAUUCUGGGGCCGUUCUGUGGCCGCACGCCGCCCCCAUCUCCCUUUCUCACUCACUCACAUCGCGUCCAGAUCCGCUUCACCUCUGAUGGCUUCGGCACUAACCAUCGCUUCAGGCUCCACUUCAGGACCAGAGACGUGGUCUGUCCGUCUGUGGUGACCUCGCACUCCACUGCGACUCCUCAGCAGGCGGAAUAUCGUGAGGGUGAAACAGUGACAGUAACUUGUGAUCUUGGCCACUUUUUAGAUACUCAAGACACCCCGUCAUCACAGUAUGUGGCGGUCUGUCAGAACACGGGUGUAUGGACUCCCAAUGACGCCUGUGAACCUGUGGAUUGUGGAUAUCCUAAUAUCCCAGAAGAUGGCAUCCUUCAGUUGGUGGGCUCAGAUAACCCACAUACUCGGUGCAAAGACCAGAUUCAGUUUAACUGCAGCUCAACGUACUACACACUGGGAGGAGAUGACGUGUACACUUGCGGUGCCAGUGGUGAAUGGGUAUCAAGGGGAGGCCAGACAGAGAUGCCGAAAUGCAUUGAAGUGUGCGGGAAGCCUGAAAAUCACCCUCCAAGUGCAGCCAGAAUUUUAGGAGUUAGAAGUGCAACCAUGGGAGAGAUACUGUGGCAUCUUUUGAUUAAAGAGCCGAGUAGAGGAGGAGCCUCACUGAUCAAUGACCGAUGGGCUGUCACAGCAGCUCAUGUCGUGGGAGAGGCAGAGGAAACCUCUUUGAGCCUGUUCGUUGGAUUGAUGGAUGGAAGAACCGUAUCAAAAAGGUCGUCUAAUGUAGUCGUCAUGGACAGUGAGAGGAUCAUAAUUCAUCCAAAAUACAUAAAAGGCAUUCCUCCUGUAAAACGCACCAAUUUUGACAAUGAUAUUGCUCUUAUUAUAUUCGCUUCCAGGGUGAAUUUAGGUCCACACCUCCUUCCCAUUUGUCUGCCAAUGGUAAACAGGGACCUGUUGGAAAAUGAGCAAGGCACCGUGUCAGGCUGGGGGAUAACAAAGGUGGAGGAGGAUCGUUUCAUCACAUCUGCUUUAUUAAGAUACGCUCAUAUUGGGAUCUACUCCCUUGCAGAGUGUAAGAAUACUUCUUUCACUGAGAAACGUAUGACUUUCACUGAUAAUAUGUUCUGUGCUGGAGCAGAGGGAAAGGACAGCUGCAAGAAAGACAGCGGGGGUCCGUUUGUUUUGCCCAUGCUGACUGGAGGCAGUGAGCCGUAUCGCCUGACCGGCAUUGUGUCCUGGGGACCCCCCUGUCAAGAGAGGCAGUACAAGGGCUAUUACACCAAGGUGGCUAAUUAUGUGGACUGGAUUAAGGAGACAAUAGAUGCAACAUAAAAGUAUGAGAGAGGAAAGAUGAGGGGGGGGGACAUACUUUUCUACUAAACAUAACAUUGUUAUCAAUUUCAGGAAAUAUUUUUGGAAAUAAAGAAUACAAUCUUGUUAUCAAAUGUACCAACAACAUGUUAUGCUGUGAUCACGUUGUUAAUUCAUACCGUCCUGUAUGAAAGGAAUUUUCAAAUCAACUGGAGGAUGUGUGUUCCAACCAUUUAAAUAAUAGACUGUCAUUUUGUCUGUUAAUCCUCAGAUACACACAAAAACACAUUUUCUAUCAGGGGACUCCGAACAAUUUAACACUUAAUAUUUGUAUAUGUGUUUAAUCAUGUAUGCAUGUGUCUUUCGCUCAGCACUGUAUGUUUCACUGAUGAAGCUUUUUAUCAGACAAACAUGCCCUCAC